AUGGCGGAUUUUCCUGCAUUGAACUGGCUGGGAUAUAGCAUGAACAUGCUUGGAACUACUCCUCUUGACACGACCUCAGCUAUGAAGGCUGUUUUGACAACGCGCCGUAUCAUCGAAAUUGACGAAUCCAAUUCAAGAACCGUCACAAUUGACGGAAAGGAUUACGAAGUCCCCAGGUCCAUCGGUGUUCAGACGGAUGCAAAUGUCAUAGAUGGCUUUGUCCACUAUCCAAGUGGUAAUGAAGCAGUCGUCGCAUUCCACAACGAUUCAAGCCUCGCUGCGCAGUUCAUGUCCAUUACAGGAGACCCUUCUGUAGGGCGCGCCACGGAGAAGCAUCAUCGCACCGAUAUACAGUAUGCUUACUAUACCUUUGGACAAGCCAAAUACCUUGCAUUGAUGAGGAACUACGCUGAUUCACUCAACGAGGACGCUCUCCUAAAAGCUUUCGAAACAUUGUCUAAACCUUUUAACGGAAAGGAUGAGAACAACGUCAAGAAAUACUCAAGUUUCUUUCAGUGCUACGGUACCCACGUCAUCACCAAAGUACAAUACGGUGCUCACUAUCAACUUCACAUAUGGGCCUCUAACACCAACACAAGCUUCAAUGAUUCCUGGUCGGCUAAUGUCAAAGUUGAUUAUGAUGGCAUUCCCAGCAGCAGACAGUUCGAUCCUUCUGUCAAGGACACGUUAAUGCAACUUAGUUGA